GUCUUCGUCUUCGUCUUGGUGAGAUAAUAAGCGGAUCAGAUAUUCUGUUCGAAGCAAAGCAAUUUGAAGAGCAAAACUAUCCAGCUCAUUCGCAAACAGAGUAGAGAAUGCGGCAUGGAGAUUGUUACUGGAAUUGUUGGAAAAGUUGCCGAGUAUGCAAUUGAACCAGCUAUACGCCGAGUGGGCUACCUUACUCAUUGCAGAAGCAGCCUUCAGAAUCUACUAACUCAAGUGGAUAAAUUAACUUCUGCUAGAGAGGGGGUGGAGCAUAAGGUUGAUGAAGCUCAAAGACAAGGUAAACGAAUCGAAAGCGAGGUACGAAACUGGCUGAAACAAGUGGAUGAGAUCACCGAAGAGGCAGGCGAAAUGUGGAAAGAUGAAAUCCAAGCAAAGAUGAACUGUCUCCAUGGGUUUUGUCCUAAUCUUAUUCUUCGUUACCAGCUAAGCAGAAAGUCAAAAAAAUUGGAACAGUUUGCUGAUGAACUCUAUCAAAAAGGAGGCUUCACCAAUGUUUCAUAUGAUGUUCACCCACAAGAGGUAUGUACCGUGUCUACCAAAUAUUACGAAGCCUUUGAUUCAAGGAUUUCAACUCUAGAGAAGAUAAUGGAUGAAUUGAGAUCUCCCAGUUCUGAUCUGAUCGUGGUGUACGGAAUUGGCGGCGUGGGAAAAACCACACUUGUGGAAGAAGUCCUUAGGCAAGCUAUAGCAAAAAAGUUAUUCACUGAUGCAGUUAUGGUUCGUGAUGUGAAAAAUCCAGACCUGCAAAGAAUUCAAAAAGAAAUUGCCGAGAAAUUAGGCAUGAAAGUUGGUGAAAACGAGACUAUGGCUGGAAGAGCACGUCAUUUAUGCAGCAGGAUAAAAGACGGGAAGGUUCUUGUAAUUUUAGAUGAUACUUGGGAAAAAGUAGAUUUGGAGACUCUGGGACUUCCAUGUCUGUCUAAUUGCAAAAUAUUGUUGACCUCCAGAAAUCUCAAAUUUUUAUCGUCAGAGAUGCGACCCCAAAAAGAGUUUCGGCUUGAAGUUUUAAACGCAGAGGAAACUUGGAGUUUAUUUGAGAAGAAGGCAGGCGACGUUGUUAAAGAUCAUGCUAUACGGAAUAUAGCAAUCCAAGUAUCUGAAAAAUGUGGAGGUUUGCCUGUUUUAGUUGUCACAGUUGCAAGCGCUUUAAAAAAUAGAAGUACUUUGUAUGCAUGGAAUGAUGCCUUGAGAUGCCUAAAAGCGUUUGACCGUGAAGGGUUAACAGAAAAAGCAUACUCGGCUCUGGAGUGGAGUUUCAAUAAAUUGGACAGUAAACUUAAGCCAUUGUUCUUGCUUUGUGGAACCAUCAUCGACCUAUCCUCAAGCAACUCUGCCCCUUUUUCAGACUUGUUUAAAUAUGCAAUGGGUUUGGGUUUGUUUAAGAAUUAUUCAUUGGAACAAGCAAGCAAUGCAUUGCAUUCGUGGAUCGAACAGCUUAAAGACUCUUGUCUAUUAUUAGACAAUGUGGGUGAUGAAUAUAUCAGAAUGCAUGAUGUUGUACACAAUGCUGCUAUCGCGAUUGCAUCCAAAGAUCAUCGCGCUUUAUUUAGAAAAUCUGGAGGUGACCUGAAAGAAUGGCCUAAUAAUAGGGAUUUUUUCGAAAAGUGCACAACUAUCUCUUUGGCUCACUGCAAUGUCCCCAGACUUCCUGAAGUGUUCGAAUGCCAAGAAUUAGAGAUGUUUAUUUUGGGCUGUAAUGGUGGUGACCCUGUGGAAAUCCCAGACACCUUUUUUAAAGGGAUGAUAAAACUAAAAGUUUUGGAUUUAACUAAACUGGAUAUUGGAUCACUACCUUCAUCUCUUCAGCUCCUAGAAAAUCUUGGGACAUUGUGCUUGGAUAGCUGCGUGUUGGGAGACGUAGCUCUAGUUGGACAGCUGACGAGAUUAGAAAUUCUUAGCUUUCUCAAUUCUAAUCUUAAGGAGUUGCCUAAAGAAAUUGGGAAAUUAACUCAUCUUCGGUUGUUGGAUUUGACAGGUUGCUAUCAACUUAAAGUGAUUUCACCAAAUGUAUUAUCAGGCUUGAAUAGUCUAGAAGACUUGAGAAUGCGAAACAGCUUCCACCAAUGGGUGGCUGAAGGAGUCACCGGAGAAAGAAGUAAUGCUAGCCUUUUGGAGCUGAAGGACUUGCCUCAUCUGGCGGCAUUAGCUGUACAUAUUCCGGAUGCUAGCAUUAUGCCAAGGGGCUUAUUCUCUGACAAGUUGAAAAUAUAUGAUAUAUCAAUUGGUGAUACCAAUUACACUGUUCCACAUUCACCUUAUUCUCUCACAUUCAACUUCCGACACACCACUAGAUAUGGAAGAUGGGACAGUAUGGAUGGAACCCUCAACACAUUAAAGCUCAAGCUCACGACUAGGCAAGAAUUGGACGAUGGUCUAAGAAUGCUAUUGAAGAGAUCUGAAGCUUUGUACUUGCAUGGGUUGGAGAACGACUUCCAAUUCCAGUCGGAUAGUGAAGAUUUUCAGCAAUUGAAACACCUCUAUGUUCAAAACAUUGCUAAAUUUACAUACAUCAUAAAUGAGAAGGUUGGGUUGCCAAACUUAACGAGGUUGAUUGUGCAUGAAUGUGGCUCAAGAUUCUUGUUUUCAUCUUCCACGGCUAGAAGUCUAGUGCAACUCAAAUAUCUUGAGGUAAAAAGAUGUCACAUGAUGGAAGAGAUAGUUUCAACACAAGAAUAUGGUGAAGAAAAUGCAGAUGGCAUGUUUUGUAAGCUACAACAUUUGAAGCUAAUAGAUCUUCAAAUCCUCUCUAGAUUCUGCUCUGGAAAUUAUAUCGAGUUUCCAUCUUUGGAAAGUUUGGAAAUAGUGUAUUGUAAUGUACUGGAGACAUUCAUCUGCGAACCUAAGAGUAAAAGCAUUACAGUCCGCAGAGAAACUAAAGAGGACCUGAAGAAGACGGUUGUACAAUACUUUCUUUCUGACGACAAGUGUGUACUGCAGGUUGGGUUGCCAAACUUAACGAGGUUGAUUGUGCAUGAAUGUGGCUCAAGAUUCUUGUUUUCAUCUUCCACGGCUAGAAGUCUAGUGCAACUCAAAUAUCUUGAGGUAAAAAGAUGUCACAUGAUGGAAGAGAUAGUUUCGACACAAGAAUAUGGUGAAGAAAAUGCAGAUGGCAUGUUUUGUAAGCUACAACAUUUGAAGCUAAUAGAUCUUCAAAUCCUCUCUAGAUUCUGCUCUGGAAAUUAUAUCGAGUUUCCAUCUUUGGAAAGUUUGGAAAUAGUGAAUUGUAAUGUACUGGAGACAUUCAUCUACAAACCUAAGAGUAAAAGCAUUACAGUCCGCAGAGAAACUAAAGAGGACUUGAAGAAGACGGUUGUACAGUACUUUCUUUUUGACGACAAGGUUGGGUUCCCAAAGUUGGAGAGACUCUUCAUCUGUGGCUUAAAUAAGUUGACGGCAAUAUGGCACAACCAACAUGUUCCAGGCUCUUUGUGCAGAGGAGAUUAUACUAAGGAUAAACAUGAAGCAUCUGCUCAAAAUCUAGUCAAGGCAGUCAUACGUCAGUGCAGCAAUUUGCAAUAUAUUUUGUAUUGUCCUGGAAUUGAGGAAAUCAUUGGCAAGGUAGAGGGAGUGGAAACAACGCCCGAGUUUGUGUUCCCAAAAGUAGUAUAUUUUGAAUUACAAGAGCUGCCCCAACUUAAGUGUUUCUAUCCGGGAAUACAUGCUUCCAAGUGGCCGUUACUUGAAGAAUUGAUAGUGCGCAGAUGUGAUAAAUUGGACAUUUUGUCUGUUGAACUUUCAAGUUUCCAGAAACAUGUUCUGGGUGGUGUAUCUGCUCCGAUUAAACAGUCUCUCUUUUUAAUUGAAAAGGAUUCAUUCCCCAAGUUAGAUAAGUUGGUCUUGGAUGGCACUAUGGAGAUUUGUGACGACCUACUCCCAGCUGAGGUCUUUCUCAAACUCAAAUCUGUCGUGUUUCGUGCUCCAUACUCUGAAGUGAAGACUUCACAUGAGCAAGGUAGAUCUGCAGAAAUUACCUUGGAAGAUGAAAGUCCUUGGAAGAUUCAAGGAUCGGGCUGGCUAAGGCAUCUUUGGAAAGAGAAUUCUGCGCCGGCAUGCCCGGUUUUUCCGAGCUUGGAAAUUCUAAGAGUGUUGGGUUGUAUCAGAAUACAGGAUCUAGUGACAUCUGCAAUAUCCUUCCAGAAUUUAACAACUUUGGAAGUGAUUGGUUGUCAUAGAUUGAAGUCAUUAACAAACUAUUCGGUUGCUAAAACGUUGAUGCAACUGAGAGAAAUGACUCUUGUGAAUUGUAAAAGAAUGAUAAAAAUAGUGGAAACUUCAGACGGAGAAGAUGCAGCAGGAAAUGAGAUUGCUUUUAGCCGGUUGCUACAUUUGAAACUUUCAAGUCUUCCGAGUUUGAAAGACUUUUGCUCUGGAAAUUGCAUUGUCAAAUUCCCACAAUUAAAAACUUUCUUUAUAAGAAAUUGCCCUGAGUUGAAGAUUUCCUCGGAACUGGAAAGAAUACCGCUACCGGAGCAAUUUGUUGGGUAUUUUAAUUCUGCUUAUAGUCGCAUUGUUGAUGGUGAUGACGAUGACGAUGACGAUGUUGAAAUGGUCCCCGAAAAUUCCAUUUGAUGUUUCCAGAGGAGCACAAUUCACCGCAAGAAUGUAUAUGGACAUUCUUUGUUGCACCAUAAACUUUUUGUGGUCGUCGUUGUUGCCUUGUCUUAAUUGAGAAGAAGCUUGCAGAAAGAGUCUGCCGGUCGGGAAAUGCUUGUGUGAUAUUCGUGAAAGCAGCAGCCUCACCGUUCACUACAUUAGUGUAAUAUUGUUGAACUUAAGGGAAGCAUAUCGACAAUGUGUGCAAUACAUUAGUGUAAUAUUGUUGAAUUUUUAUUAUGGGAGUGUUUGUGGCUAGAAUUAAUCUUAGCAAGCCUAAAGUUAUUAUGGUGUAUUGGUGUGCAUGACUGCCAAUAAACUCGGCCUACUAAAGUUUAUGAUAUAAAUGUGACUUAAUAUUACAGUUUA